AAUUUUCGUCGUUAGAAGUCGUUUGAAGUUACUCUGAUAUUCCUUCUUAAUUGGCUCGAUAACGUUAUGGGAAAAAGUUUUACUGUAUUAAUAUGGAAACUCAUCUCUUGCUGUGAAAAUGAUGUGGCUAGUUAAGGUCUUUUGGGAACAUUUUCGGUAGUAAUUUGGCUAGAAAUUUUAACUUGACCUGGCAACCCUGCUGGAGAGCGAAAGGGAGGGAGCAAAAAAGGAAACGUCGGAUGCUGAAGAGCGGGAGGUUGGGUCGACUCGACCGAUAAGUUUCACAUUUAGAACAAUCUCUUAGACAUUUGUUUUGCAGAUAGUUAAUUGUUAGAGUAAUAGAGAAGCUAUAUCGUAGUUCUUUAUUGACAGGAAACGAGGAGCUACUUUAUCACUGUUAGUUGCUAGCCAGCUAACGUUAGCUUGCUAGCAUCCAAGCGCGAGAGCAGAAUCUGCACCGACGCACUAUCAUCAUUGGAUGCAAAACAUCGGAGCCGUGCAGCAUCCGUGCGCGAGGAAAUAUUCUGGUUAUAUUGACAAGAACUACCCAUCAUCAGAAGCUUUCAGGAUGAGUGGCGAUGAGAUGAACCCAGCAGCAGUGGCCCAGGCAGUGGAGGAUAUACAGGGAGACGACCGCUGGAUGUCCCAGCACACGCGGUUUGUUCAGGAGUGUAAGGAUGCAGAGCCAGAGGUGCUGUUUAUUGGAGACUCCAUGGUGCAGCUAAUGCAGCAGUACGAGAUCUGGCGGGAGCUCUUCUCUCCUCUGCAUGCGCUCAACUUUGGCAUCGGGGGAGACACCACCUGUAAUGUGCUGUGGAGGCUGCAGAAUGGAGAACUGGACAACAUUGGGCCUAAGGUGACGGUGGUGUGGGUAGGAACCAACAAUCAUGAGCAUUCGGCAGAGCAAGUUGCAGGGGGAAUCCUUGCCAUUGCACAACUGCUCACCUCCCGUCUUCCUAAGACUAAGGUUGUGGUUCUGGGUCUGUUGGCACGGGGCGAGUGGCCCAACCCGCUGCGGGAGAAGAACGUGGCGGUGAACAGCUUCCUGCGUUCCUGGCUGCCACGGCUGGGCCAUACCCAGUUCCUGGAUGUGGGGGCGGGCUUCGUGCACUCUGACGAGACCAUCUCCACCAGGGACAUGUUUGACUUCCUGCACCUGACAGCGGCGGGCUACCGGGCCAUCUCCAAGCCCCUCAUUGACCUGCUGCUGCAGAUACUGGAGGGGACGCCUGAGGAGAAGAGGGCCUCGCUGGUCUGAGAGCCACGGCCCAGGGACCACACACCCACACAGCCAGGGGCAUGCCUCACUCAUUCACUCUGCUGGGGAGUAGCUGGAAUUUGCCUAAAACCACUAAUCCAGGAUCUGGUUCUAGAUCUGUCCUAGAUCUGAUCUGUUGCUAGAUAUAUCCUAGAUCUGAUUUGGUCCUAGGUCUGUUGUUAGGGGCAAGAUCUGUGGCAACUUCUACCUCUACAGGGAAUGGGGGGGGAGUAGUCAGGAGUGAGGCAUGCUCCUGUCUAUUGAGAUGGGGUCAGAUCAAGAUGUCACUUGCUGGGCCAAGCAGAGAGCUUGGGCACUCAUUUGAGUGGAACUGGAACUGCAGGAGAGGAGGGGGAGUGCAUGGGUUCAUGUGCAUGUGUGCAGGGAGACAUAGUUGACGGUGUGGAGAAGUGAAAGAGAGAGCGACAACAAUACUUCCAGAGACAUCGUACAUGCUGUAGCAGCAACAGAGGAUAGAGAGAGAUCCGACACCUGCACAAGCUGUAUAGAGAGGCUAAUGGCAAACAUGCAUAGACUCUGAGAGAAGAGAGAGACACACACACACACACAGACACUGUAUUAGACUUUAAAAUGUCAGCUUUGCCAAUUGUUAUGUAAAUUAGCUUCCUACUUGGGCACAGCUUAACAGCACAGUAAUAAACACUCCUAUAUAUUCCCAGAAAUCUGUUUGAGUUGGCUCCAUAUGCCCCAGUCUAAACCAAUAGCCCUUUAAAAGCUCUAAACCGCCAUAUGAGUACCAACUGUAAUCUUCUCUCCUCCCUCCCUCACUCUGUGCCUUGACACACAAAACGGUGAAGUCCAGCUAUCCUCCCAUACCUGCCUUCUGCCACACACACACACACACACACACACACACACAUUGGCUUUCUCUCCCUUUCUUACACAUAGGAAACUACUCUCCUACAGACUCCAAUACCUGCUUACUCUGUCUCUCGCCUACUCUUCAUUCUGUCCCUAUUUUGUCUCGUUGUGUGUAGUAUACAGAACUCCGAUCCAUCCCAGUCCACACUACCACCUGCCUCCUAACAUAUGACAUUGUCGCAGGACGUCUUAAACAGUUGCAUCAUGAUAAAGCUACUGACAUGGAAUUACAUAGAUUUAAUAGUCUACUACCACACUAAAACCCAACCACAGGUCACAAUCCUGUUUUGUCUCUUCCUGGUGCAGUUGAACUGAAGUGGUUUCUGAGGUCCUCUUGCUCUCAUGUUACUAGCUACUGUCUUUAAGGAAAUGUACCUUUUUUUUUUUACAACCAAAUCUCUGUUUUGAUGUCAAUGGCAAAUUUAUAGAAGGGUUCAAACACUUUUUGUUUUGUUUUGUGUGAUUUCACUUGUUUUUGAGAAACUUACCCCAGCCAUCAUUUCCUCGUCCUCGUUGUGCAGUACUGGGGCUCUGAACAAAUUAACUUUAUGCGCAACUUUAACUUGACUCAAGCCGUCAAGCCCCUAUCCAGCUGUUCCAUUUUCUAUGUAGCCUGCUGCUAGAAUGGGCGGAGAGAUAUCACUCGAGUUGUCUGUUUCAUGUGUACAACAUCUAAAGACCUGCAUCACUAUACUGAGAGCUUUUCUGUUUUUAAAGGAUGUAUUUGGGUGUUUCGGAGCCAACGUACUGCACAUCGAGGAUAACGAAAAUGAAUCGCUGGUUGGGGUAAGUUUCUCAAAAACAAGUGAAAUCUCCAAGUGUCUGGAAAUGCCAAAUACAUACAAAUUUAAAAAAUGAUUUGGUUGUAAAAAGCUAAAUUGUCCUUUAAGCUCUACACAUAUUCUUUGUGUGUGCGUGUGUGCGUGUGUGUGUGUGUGUGUGUGUGUGUGUGUGUGUGUGUGAACCUUCAACACUGGCUUGGGUGAGAAGUGUGUACAGUAUGUGUCACUUAUGGUUGGUUGUUCUGACUGUUUAGAAGUGACCCAUUUGUAUAUAAUACAUAUAUGUGAAGCUUGGAUAGAUGGCCUUGUAUUGCGGAUGUGGUAGUGUUUGUAAGAUAAUUAACGAUAGCGAGUAUCUGUAUUUGGGUCAAACUACGCUAUAUUCUCACAUGCUUAAGUGUUCCAAUAAAGGACGAUGAAUGUA